AUGGAGCAGAGAAAUAAGCAAUUAGAAGCUCAAGCCCAAGUGGACAUAUGGAAGUACAUAUUUGGCUUCACAGACAUGGCCCUAGUUCGAUGCGCCAUUGAGCUUAACAUACCCGACAUCCUCGAAAACCAAGCUGGUCGCCCCAUGUCUCUCCUCGACCUAUCCUCUGCCGUCGGAUGUCCCCCUUCUACCCUCUAUCGAGUCAUGCGGUUUUUGGUUAACCGACGUAUCUUCCACGAGGAGACAAUAGUCGACCCGUUGAUGUUAUUCAAUUCCAAGGGCUAUGUCAAAACUCCUCUUUCAUGUCUUCUCACAAAAAAUGGUGAGAAAAGCAUGGCCUCUUUUUUCAUGUUCGAAUGUAGUCCUUUCAAGUUUUCCCUUUGGUUGGACCUAAGCAAGCGUGUUCUGACCGACGGCUAG